AAUAGAAAUGUCAAAUUUGAAUAAUUAUUACUAUGCUCAAUAUGCAUCAAUAUCUGAAAGUGAACCUAAUUAUGAUUCUGAUAAUCCAGAGGUUUUCGAAGCUCUUAAAAACUCUCCAACUCAUAUUCAAUUUAUUAAUAUCAUUGAAAAAAGAAGAAACAAAGAAUUAUUAUAUGAACAUUGGAAAAAUAUAAUUCGUCAUGAGUCAAUUAUAGAAUUAAAAGAUCAAAUCAAAAAAGAAUGUGGUAUGAAAGUUCAAUUAAGAGAUAGAGUUGUAACAUAUAUCUACAAGCCUGAAAUAGAUAAUGAUGGAAAAUAUUUUCGAUUUAAAUUUGUUUAUCGUUAUAGCAAAAUAUUACAUAAAUGGUAUUUUUCUUUGGGUUGUAGUUUUUUACCUGAUAUAUUAAAAAUCAAAAAUAUAUUAAAAUAUGAUAUAUACAAUCCGAUUGGUCCUAAAAUAAUUAAGAUCAUGAAAAAAAUGAGAGAAAUUAUAGAUGCCUUUAUAGAAUCAUAUUUGUAUAUUUUUCAAAUUAUUGAUUAUGCAGAAAAAAAAUAUCCAGAUAUUGCAUUUCAAGUAAAUCGAAAUCAUACAAAUUUAAAAAUGUUAUUGAUGGAGAAGACAUGGCCAAAGAGUAUAAAGAAGAUAAAUACAACAGAUAUAAUUAUUGUUACCUUUACAUUUGAUAAAAAUCUUGAAAUUGACAUUAUUGAUUUUGAAUAUCUAUUCAAUGAAAAUGAAUUAGUAUCAGAAGAUAUAAAAAAAAUGUAUAUAAAUUUAUUGUGGAAUAAGUUAGAAGUUUUUAUAAAAUUACCUUUCUAUGAAGCAUUUACACAUUUCAUGGAAGAAUGAUGCAUAAUUAUGAAGAAAAUAUUUUCUUGUUCUUCUAUUAAUUUUAUUUCUUUACAUAAAUAUAUAAACAUAUG